AAAUACAUUAUCAAUGACUUUUCAAAUCCACCUUAUAUGCAUUAUAAAGUCCACACAAAUGAAUUAGACUUUUAAAUCCACUAAUGUCCUGGUUUAAUUAAAAUCUCUUAAAAUCCUUAAUUCAAUAACACCCCCUAAAUCUCCUGGUUUUGGAUUUUGCCUUUUCACUUUGUAAAAGAUAUACAACAGUUAAGACUCUGUGAUCUCAGUCCAAGGGAUGCAAUUUGCAAGGAAAGAAACCCAGGAUUCGUGAUUUUUAGGGUUCCACUGUUCCCCAUUCUUCCUUUACCUAAUUUUUUUGGGAGUGUAGUUGUUUAACAAUAUCUCUGGGCUUGGUUGUGACAGAGGAUGAUGACAAAGGAUUUUGAGGAGAUUCCAUAUUCUGAUUCUUCCAGAUUAGAACUAAAACGGAGUCAUCAGUGGUUGACAGAACCGUCUGGCUCACAACUACUCGGUAAUAAAAGACAAUUGGUAGAGAUUGGUGCUGCAUGGGACAAUUCUCUUGUUCCCUCCCAGUUAACUAAUUGCUUAUUCGAUCCUGCCAUUGCGCAUACAUCAUCACAUCUCCUUGGUCAACAACAUAUUGAGGCAGAGCAAUGCAAUAAUGUUGUUUCGUCAAUUGGUUUCCCAUCGGUCCAUGGUAGCACACUAAAUCUUGACACCAUCAGAAAAGUAAAAGUCAAUCAGCUUUAUGGGGGAUCAUCUGAAACAGGGCAAUUCGCUGGUAACUUCAGCAACAAAGGUGUUGGUGUCACACCAAUGGGUGACAACUUUGUAUUGAUGGGUCAGUCUCUUCAAAAGGCUGAUUGUAAUAUCUUCUCUAUGAGUUCCUCCUCCUACACCAAGGGACAGGAGAACUUCAUGUCUCUUCUCUCUCGUGACAGAGUACCUGAAAAUGUUUUCAUGACGGGACCAAACUGUUGCAAGGAAAAUACCAAUGUGUUGUCAGGAGGGCAGUCCAUAUAUACGCAAGGUGGUGACAUGGCAUCUAUGGUUUCUUGCCAAGGAAGAGCAGACGAAACCAAUGAUCAAAUUUAUCACGAAGAGAGAAGCCAGACCGUAUCUUUUGGAGGUUAUUAUCAGAAAGAAACCACACUAGGUUCAUCAGUUCGUGUUAUUAACAGUUUUGAGAACUUCAGCCAUGACCCUGCAACUGCUAAAGUUCCUCUUUAUAUGGAAGCAGAGGAAAACAUGUCUUUUGAAUUUGGGAAUCCCCUAUAUGCUAGUCCUAGAGUUGAUACCUUACUUGUGCCCAAAACUCAUGUUUCAAAGACAGCUAAGAAGGGUUCUACAAACACAUUUCCUUCAAAUGUGAAGUCCUUGUUGUCAACAGGAAUGUUUGAUGGGGUUACUGUGAAGUACUAUUCGUGGUCACGUGAGAAAAAUCUCAAAGGAAUCAUAAAGGGGACUGGGUAUCUAUGUGGUUGCAGCAACUGUAACUUUAAUAAAGUUCUUAAUGCUUAUGAGUUCGAGCAGCAUGCUAAUUGCAAGACAAAGCACCCAAAUAACCACAUAUACUUUGAGAAUGGAAAGACCAUCUAUGGCGUUGUUCAAGAGCUGAAGAAUUCACCUCAGGAGAAGUUGUUCAAAGAAACCACACUAGGUUCAUCAGUUCGUGUUAUUAACAGUUUUGAGAACUUCAGCCAUGACCCUGCAACUGCUAAAGUUCCUCUUUAUAUGGAAGCAGAGGAAAACAUGUCUUUUGAAUUUGGGAAUCCCCUAUAUGCUAGUCCUAGAGUUGAUACCUUACUUGUGCCCAAAACUCAUGUUUCAAAGACAGCUAAGAAGGGUUCUACAAACACAUUUCCUUCAAAUGUGAAGUCCUUGUUGUCAACAGGAAUGUUUGAUGGGGUUACUGUGAAGUACUAUUCGUGGUCACGUGAGAAAAAUCUCAAAGGAAUCAUAAAGGGGACUGGGUAUCUAUGUGGUUGCAGCAACUGUAACUUUAAUAAAGUUCUUAAUGCUUAUGAGUUCGAGCAGCAUGCUAAUUGCAAGACAAAGCACCCAAAUAACCACAUAUACUUUGAGAAUGGAAAGACCAUCUAUGGCGUUGUUCAAGAGCUGAAGAAUUCACCUCAGGAGAAGUUGUUCGACGCUAUUCAAAAUGUCACAGGAUCUGAUAUCAACCAUAAGAAUUUCAACAUCUGGAAAGCUUCAUAUCAAGUUGCCAGCCUUGAGCUUAAGCGUAUCUAUGGGAAGGAUGCAGCCACUUUGGCCUCUUGAGAAGAGAAGUUAUCAACUGGAAGGUUUUUGUCGUAAGUGAAAUCCAUUCUUAAUCUCUCUGUAACUAUAGCUUCUGAUAUAAUAAAUCAGAAGCGUGUACUGCUAUGAUGAAGUCUAGUUCUUUUACUAAAGUACAUAAACUACUGCAAGGAUAGCCAAAUUCUAAGCUUUUAUGAGA